CGAGGCUUCCCUCAGCCUCCCUUGCUCGCUCUGGCCAGGGAGGGUCGUCCGCCCCGCGGUGGAGGAGCGGCGAGGAGGAGGAAAGGGCGCCGCAAGGACACUUGGCUGGCAGCGGCUGGAGAAGCGCCUCCCGCAGCCCCGAGACCUCGCUCGUCCCUUCGAGCCGCAGCUUCGGAGGGCGCCUUCGCAAGGGGGAAGGAAAGUGUUCUCUGCGGGCUCCGGCGCCUUCCCUGGCGAGGGGAAUCCCCACCAGCUCGGCAGGGGGUGCGGCUGGGCGCGCGGCGCCUGACCCCCAGCCCAGCCCGCGGCUUCCCCUCCGCCGGGACCCGGGGCGGCUCUGGCCCCCUCGCGCUCUGUCGAGCUCCUCUUCUGAUCUCCGGAGGAGCGGCCGCGGGCGCCUCGGCUCGCCAUUGGCUGCCCGGCGCCUGACGUCGAGGCUGUGGGGAGGCGUCGCGGGCGCGGGCCGCCGGAGGAUCGCUCCCAAACAUGCUGAAAGCCCCCGAGCAAGUGGCGGCGCUUGCAGCAGCUGCGGGAAGUCGAUCGUCGCCGCCGCCGCCGCCGCCGCCGCUCCUCGGGCGCUUGCGAGAGGGCAGGUCCUCUUUUCGCCUUCAUGCCUCCGGCCGGGCUGCCCUGACGGGAGCCUCACUUGGACAGCCAUGGGCGAUGGAUGGGGCUUCCUGGAGAACGGCGCUCACAACAGGUCCAACGCCUCCAGCGACAGCAACGGGAGCGACGCCUCCGGCGACAGCAGACAGCUGGCUCCCCAGGAGCUGUCCCAGCAGUGGGUGGUGGGCAUGAGCCUGCUGAUGUCCUUGAUGGUGGCGUUCAUCGUGGUGGGCAAUGGGCUGGUGAUCGCGGCCAUCGGGCGGACGCAGCGGCUGCAGACCCUCACCAAUGUCUUCAUCACCUCCCUGGCUUGCGCCGACUUGGUCAUGGGCUCCGUGGUGGUGCCCUUUGGGGCCACGCUGGUGGUGCGAGACUCGUGGCUGUGGGGCUCCUUCUUGUGCGAGUGCUGGACUUCGGUGGACGUCCUGUGUGUGACGGCCAGCAUCGAGACCCUGUGCAUCAUCGCCAUUGACCGCUACCUGGCCAUUAUCUCGCCCUUCCACUACCAGAGCCUCAUGACGAAGAGACGGGCCAAGAUCAUUGUCUGCGUCGUUUGGGCAAUUUCCGCGCUGGUGUCCUUCUUGCCCAUUAUGAUGCAUUGGUGGAGAGACACGGGCCAUGAUGCUAUGGAGUGCUACGACAACCCCAGCUGCUGCGACUUCGUCACCAACAGGGCCUAUGCCAUCGCCUCCUCCGUCAUCUCCUUCUACAUCCCCCUCUUUGUUAUGAUUUUUGUCUACCUGAGGGUCUACAGAGAAGCGAAAGAGCAGAUGAAGAAAAUCGACAAGUGCGAGGGCAGGUUCUACAACAAUCACCAGCAGCAACAUCAGCCAGUCCACCAGGACCUGCCGAUUUUGAGCAACGGUCAAGCCAAUAGAAGGAAAACCUCUCGCAUUUUGGCUGUAAGGGAACAGAAGGCCCUCAAGACUUUGGGCAUCAUCAUGGGAGUCUUUACUCUCUGCUGGUUACCCUUCUUCUUGGUCAACGUGGUCAAAGUUUUCAACAGAGGCCUCGUACCUGACCAGCUCUUUGUCUUCUUCAACUGGCUGGGCUAUGCCAACUCUGCCUUCAAUCCCAUCAUCUAUUGCAGGAGCCCUGAUUUCCGCAAAGCCUUCAAGAGGCUGCUGUGCUGCCCUAGGAAAGCCGACCGAAGGCUGCAUGCUACCACUACGGAGCUCUCUCGUUACCCUGGGGGCUUCAUCAGUACUCUGGGUAACAGCCCUCCAUGCACUCUGGGAGGGACAUGGUCUGCUUACAAUGGUGGGACGCAGGAUGGAAGUGACUCCAGCUUAGAGGACAGGAACAGUAAAACCUCCUAUUCAGAAUCCAAGGUAUAAGGGCAGGUGGUGGGGAGCAUCAAAGCCAUGGAUUAGGUGGGCACACUGCAGUUCAAGAAGGGGAACCAAAGAAACAGGCAAGGGAAGAAAACACCCCCACCAGGGGACUGGCUAAUAUACAAACACCAGACUGAGCUGUCUCACUUGCAGGGGGGCGGGGCGGGGGGGAGAGAUUUUAUUUACUUAAGGUGAAAAGCAGGUGAAUGUGUAUGCAUCGGACCACUUCUGACUCAUCAGAAACCGAAGCAAACAGAGAGCAACUGACCAUUGAACAAAAGAGAUAAACGGCCCAUUUCCCCAAGCUAUUUGGAUUAUUAUUAUUAAGGAUAAUAAUAUUUGCAUGGAGAGGCUGUUGGUGAGCCAGGAAGAGGGCAGAAAUAAGUUGGAAGGACUUUGCACAAGAAGUGUUUCAGGAAGAGCUGAAGUCGUGGCAGGCACUCAGCCUGACAGGCGUUGAAAAGGGCGGGGGAUUCUUCUCCUGAUAUUGAGGGAAACAGGAUCAAGCCCUUGUUGGCUUGACCACAGAGCUACAUAGAGCGUUUUUUUCGUUGUUUGUACUAAUCCCAGGCAUUCAGUAGCAGAAAAAGUAGCCUGGUUAUUUAUUUAUUUUUUAAAAAAGAAGUGCUGGUCACCCAGUGCAAAUUUCAGGCACUCAGCACCUUUGCAAACCGUGCUAAAAGUCUCUUUAAUAAGCCAUUGAAAAACUAUUCCUGUGAGUUUUACCAUGCAGUCUGAUCCUAUGAGUUUGAUGGAACUUACUUGCAAGUAAGUGUGUGUUAGCUUGUAGCCUUAAUAACUUAGUGGCCACACUCUUCUUAAACAUCUAGAAGGUAAAGAUACACCAGUAAUAUUGUUCAUUGUCAUGUUUGUGUUCUGAACAAAUCUCUCCUGUUUUUGAUUUUUUUCAUCCCAUUGACUUUCUGGGGUGUGUGUGUGCAAUUUUCUUGUCCUAUGAGACAACAGCAAUCAGGCUAUAAAACGUCUACCUCAAGCUGUGCAUAUUGUACAGAAAACAAAUGUGUUUAUAUUAAACAGCUUAUUUAUGUAUCAUUAGUUAGGGUUUUGUCUUUGUUUUAUAUAUAUAUAGAGAGAGGCAGGAGUAUUGAUCCUCUGUAGACAAUUUGUUCACAUUGAAAAUUUAAAGGGGGGGGGGAAUUGGCUGGGGGAACCAGAAAUGUUACUGCACAUUUGAAAAGAAUGAGAGAGGUUUUUCUUUUGCACAGUGUUAGAAAUUGUAGUUUGAUGCAUGCUCUCUGUCUCUUACACACACACACACACACACACAGAGAGAGAGAGAGAGAGAGAGAGAGAGAGAGAGAGAGAGAGAGAGAGAGAUCCACUGGAAAACAAAGAAGGGUGUUGUUGUUUUAAAAAGCAUCAAAUCCCAUCCUGAUAUUUGUUGUUGUCUGAUACGUUGUCAUUUUAUUAAAAAAGGUGUUUUAUAUUAUUUAAUGGAGGUACUGUAAGUGUAUUCAUACUAUAAAAGAAUCUGUUCUAAGAGA